AUGUCCCCUAAAAAUGGCGGAAACACUCUUAGACUUCUGCCCGUCGAGAUAUGGAAAUCUAUCUUUGACUAUCUUCGUUGGGAGUCCUGGGCCACACUUCUAUCGCUGAAUCUGGCAUGCUGUUAUUUCCACCUGAUGGUAACGCCCUACAUCUUCAGAGCUGUUCAUGUCCAGUUCCUUCGAUACAAACAUUUAGAACUAGGCGUCUUUGCAAACUGUGGAUACAAUAAGACCAUCAAUCUUCCGUUAAAUGGAAUGAAUAAACAAGAAACUGAGCAGCUGAGAGAGGCUACGUGCAAAUUGAACCCGCUUCUUGAGCAAAACGUAGGCGCGAGAAUAUUUCCUCAUGUUCACGUUCUCACCGUCUCCUAUGGACCAUCCUACAGUGAGGAUGUUCACAGCGAAUCAAUUGGCAGACUGGUGGCCAACCUACCUAAUCUCCAGACCAUUAGAUGGCGUGGCAUCCCCUUCCCUCCGCAUCUGUUUAGGGACCUUCGUUGCAGACAAACGCCCCCUGAGCUCUACUUCGAGGGCGCACCGGAAGAGAUCGUGGGCAAUGAUCUGCUCGUAGGCGCUCCUUUCAUCAGAUCUCUCAGCAUAACCUACCUUCCUAUCACCCUAUCCCCCAGUCACGCAGAACUCAACGACAAACUGGGAGCGGUCAUCCUCUCCCUUCCCAACCUGGAGCGGUUGAUACUCAAGCAGUAUGGCAUACAUACAGAAAAAAUUUCUUACUUACGGCCGCCCUUCCACUUGCCCGGUGACAGCGCGCUGCCAAACCUUCGAACCCUCACCAUAUCGCGGUUUCAUAUCGAUUCGGAACAAGCAGCCGCGUGGGCACAGUGUCUUCGACAUGGAAAACUACGGCAAUUAACCCUAGAGGGAACCGCUGAGAUGUGCAAAUUGAUGGAAAGAUUGCAAUCUACCGAUUGCGUCACGAAUUUGGACUCGUUCACGAUACGCCUUGUCGGUGAUAUUACCCCUCGAUGCAGCUCGAUUCUACGUGCCGUAAAAGUACCCUUUUACGGCACUUCUCCAACCUACAAGCGUUCAUGGCAUUUGGUCUCCCUACUUAUAUUCUGGACACAGCGGUGCAUCAUCAAGGUCAACAUCUACGCCAGCUUCGCUUUCGACAAAGCGGCCUUUCAUCAGUCCCAACUCCAGUCGCGGAAAAAUUUCGCGGCCUUUCAUCCGAGCAGAUAG